UAAAUAUGCGGACAGUCUUGUACCAUUCGAAGAGCAGCCCACCGUCACGGGCCGUCAAGAUGGUUGCCGGCAUCUUGAAUGUAGAAUUGGAGGAAAGAUAUCUCAACCCGGUGGCGAGGGACCAGGACACGCCAGAGUUAAUAGAGAAGAAUCCUAUGAGAUCCAUACCGCUGCUCGACGAAGGAGACUAUUGGAUAGCCGACAGUCACGCUAUAAUUGUGUAUCUUUUUGAAAAAUACGCAAAACCUGAGCACCAGCAUCUGUACCCCUCUGACAUUCGAAAACGCGCCACAAUCAACCAGCGAAUGUACUUCGAAUGUGGUAUAUUGUUUCCCAGACUUCGAUCUGUAAUGGCCCCAACAUUCUGGGGCAAGCUGACAGAGCUUUCGAAGCCCAUGAAGUCUAACAUAGAGGACGCGUACCGCACGCUAGAAGCCUACUUGUCUCGCACCCUGUACGUGGCCGAUGACGUACUCACUUUGGCAGAUAUAAGCAUCGUUACCACGGUGUCGACGAUGGACGGCAUCCACCCUGUCGAUGUCAAAAGAUACCCAAAGUUAAAGCAGUGGUUGCAGUCGAUGUCCCAGAAGGAUUUCUGUCAGAAAUACAACGAGCCGGGAAGGGAGGAGCUGGUGGCCGUGCUUGUUACUAUGAUGGGGAACAACAAGCAUAAUCAGCGAGCUAAACUUUAAUAUUUGUUGUUGCAGUACGA